GCCAGGAAUUUACGACUUAUAAUAUGAAUGAAUGGUUUAACGAACGGGAGUGACGGGUAUAUCUAUUGAUGACUUGAGUUGUAAUUGACCGUCUAUUCAGUUAACUGUCGAUAUGGACCAUAACGACCGAUGUAAAUAAACAUGGCUGAACUCGUGUCAGGUGGGUGUGGAUAUGUUCAAUACUAAAGAUGUAUCGGAAAUAUAAAUUAAGUGGAGAAUUUAACCAUUUACCUGUUCUACCACCUAUAAAAAUGGGAUGUGGUGUGUCAAAUCACCUGGAUCAGCAUGUCAACAAUAAACCCACGUUACAAAGUGGGCUCGUCAACGAAACGACUGAUCUCGACCACAAUGAGACAAAACAAGACAAAGAGUUGAUUGCAGAGCAUAGUACAUCUUUGAAACGCGCUAAAAGUCGAAUUAAGCGAACUUUAUCACAGUUUGAUUUACGUAAAGAUAAAACAGCGACCAAGCAGAAGUUAGAUCGUAAUACAAAAUUAAUAUUAAAAGGGAAUCUUUAUGUAGAUUUUCCUUCAACUGCUAAAAUUGUUAGAAUAUUCACCAGCAGUACCUUUACAGAUACUGAACAUGAGAGGAAUUAUUUAAUGGAAAAUACGUAUCCUAGAUUAAAAGAGUUCUGUCAGAAUCUAGGUUAUGAAUUUCAAAUUGUUGAUAUGAGAUGGGGAGUGAGGAAUGAAGCUAUGGAUGAUCACAUGACCACAGAGCUAUGUUUAAAAGAAGUUGACCUCUGUAAUAAAUUAUCAACUGGUCCUUCGUUUGUUACAUUUUUAUCUCAUAAAUAUGGGUAUCGAGAUUUUCCUAGAGAAAUAGAAGCUGAUGAAUUUGAACUGCUGCUGAGUAAAAUAGAAUCGAAAGAAAGUAAAAAUCUGUUAAAUAAGUGGUUUAUAAGAGAUGAUAAUUCUGUACCACCUACCUACCUUCUACAACCAAUCAGUUCACAGCUACCUGAUUUUAUAUCAUCAGAUGUUGACAAGAAGAAACAAGCUAAAGACACGUGGAAUAAUCAACACGAACAAAUGAGAGAAGCUCUGGUUACAUCUGCUAAACAAGCUUUAGAUACAUCAACAGCUCACAAAUAUCUUAGAUCAGUAACCGAAGCUGAGAUAGACCGGGGUAUACUGGAUCACAGUCAGAGAGCAUUCUGGUUUGAUCGUCAAAUACAAGAUAUAGACAAACAAGAAGCCAGCUAUAUUCUUAGUCGUUAUAAAGAAUGCAAUGGAAAGAAAGAAUAUUUACUGGAAUCUCGAAAACUUCUAGAGAAUUUACGAAAUAAUAAAUUAAAGCAUAAACUACCGGAGGAUCAUAUCAAGAAAUAUACAAUAGAUUGGACAGAACAUGGUGUUGAUCCAACUAAAGAAGAAAGUCAUAGAUUGUAUAUCAGUAAAUUAGCUGAUGAUUUUGAGAGAAGUAUAAAAGAUGGUAUACAGAGAGCUAUACAAGAAAAACAAUCUAAUAUAUCAAAUAAUACAAUCUGCCAGGAAGUUAUACAACAUAUCAAUUUCUGUAAACAUAAAUGUCAUUCAUUUCAUGGUAGAAAAGACACUUUUUAUAUUAUAGAUGAUUACCUGAUGAACAACAGUGACGAACCACUGGUAAUACACGGUUCAUCUGGUUGUGGUAAAACAUCUAUUGUUGCCAUGGCAGCCAAAAAUACAUUUGAUAACAAAAACGGAGAAAAAAACACAAUAAUUAUACGAUUUCUAGGAACAACACCUGAUAGUUCCAACAUCAGUGCCUUGUUAUACAGUGUUAUUAGUCAGAUUAAACUAGUUUAUAAAGAAGAACCUAUUAAACAGGGGCUGAGUCUAAAGGAUUUGACUGAGGAAUUUCAUCUGAGUUUAGAACAUGCAAGGAAACGCCGACCAAUGUUGGUACUUCUUGAUUCUUUAGAUCAAUUAGAUACCAAAGGUGGCGCUCGUCAGUUGUCUUGGUUACCACGUAAAUUACCCGAGUAUGUUAAGAUGAUUGUGUCCACUCUACCGGAAGCUGAAUAUGAAUGUUUUCCUAAGCUCCAGGCGAUGUUUUCAACAACAUCAUGUUUUCUACCAGUAGAAACUUUAUCUAAUGAUGACGUUGAGGGAAUUCUCCAUAAAUGGCUGGAAACCAAACAAAGAAAACUCCUGGAUUCACAGUUAAAAAUAGUUCUGGACGCUUUUCAUCAGUGUCCAUUACCAUUAUUUCUAAAACUAUCAUUUGACGAGGCGUGUAGAUGGAAAUCAUUUACUCCACCAAGUGUAUCAACCCUACAGACAACAGUUCGUGAUGUGAUCAAUGAUUUAUUUGCUAGGGUUGAAUCGCUACAUGGACAAUUACUUGUAUCUCGAGCACUGGGCUAUCUUACUUUAAGUGGUGGUGGUCUGACGGAGACUGAAUUAGAAGAUAUUCUGUCGUGUGAUGAUGACGUAUUAAAUGACGUAUAUAUGUACUGGACACCACCUAUACGGCGAUUACCUCCCCUACUCCUCGUCAGAAUCAAGGCUGAAUUAGGACAAUAUUUUGUUGAUCGAGGUGCUGAUGGAGUUCGGGUGUUUUAUUGGUAUCAUCGUCAGUUCAUUGAAGCAGCUACUGAUAGAUAUUGUUCAGAUGUUAAUAUUAAAGUAAAGAUGUGUGGCGUUAUAGCGGAUUUCUUCUCAGGUAUCUGGGCAAAUGGUAAAGUCAAACCAUUUAAAACUAAAAGUGGUGAAGCAUCAGAAGCAGAUCGUUAUGUGACGUCACAGCCUGUUAAACUAGGCGAAUCGUAUAAUUUAAGGAAAUUAAACAAUCUACCUCAUCACAGACAACAAGCUAAUCAACUAGAUCUAUUAAAAUCUGAAUGUCUGUGUAACUUUCACUUUAUACUUCAUAAAAUAAAAGCAUCAGGUUUAAGGCCUGUGCUGGAUGAUUUCUCGUCAGCUAAAGAAAGGUUUGUUGAUGAUGAAGAUAUUAAAUCUAUCUGCGAUGCCCUACAGUUAUCACAACGUUCACUGCAAUAUAAUUCUAACGAACUACCAUCACAGUUACUGGGACGUUUAAAACCUACCAAGAGUCUACAGCCUCUACUGGAUGAUUGUAAGAAUUCACCAUUCUACUAUUUACUACCAGAUAAAACUAUAUUAGCACAGCCUGGUGGAUCUUUAUUAUAUUGUUUAUCAAAUCAUGUUGGUGAUAUACAGGGUCUUGAUAUAACUAAAGAUGGUGAAUUAGCUGUAACAUGUGCCACAGAUAGAACAAUAAAAACUUGGUCAGUGAAGUCAGGUAAACUUGUACGAUCAUAUGAUAUCGGGGUUGAAGACCUAGAACAUGUCCAGCUCUGCCACAAUGACCAAGUUCUUGUGGCUUCUGGGACGAAGUUUCUUGUAGGUGUGAACUUUCUGACCGGAGUUAAACUGUAUGAAAUACCGACGGAAUCUAAAAGUAAUUUCUGUGUAGCUGGUGAAGAUAGAGAAUUGCUGGGAAUAUUUAAAGGGAAGGCUAUAAAUGUAUACAGUGCUAUAACAGGAGAAUUACAAUCACAGACUAAAUGUCAGUUUUUGAAGGGAGAGAUGGCAUUUGAAGAAUAUGAUUUUUGUGUUGGUCAGGGUCGGUAUAUGAUUGGUACGGAUAAUGAUCAAUACGGCGUAGCCAUAUUUGAUGUCAUUGAACAGAAGUUUCUUCAUGUAACAAUGAUCUAUCCAGAAUAUAAAGAUGAGGAUGGUGAUUUAAUGAGGAAUACAGUGGAUGCAAUGGCUAUAUCACCAGAUGAAAAAAAUAUCGCCAUAUAUAAUUAUUCCGAUAAUAAAUUUCGUAUAUAUGAUAUAAAAACUAUGAAGGAAAUCAAAGUUUUAACUAGAUACGCAAAAGGAUCGAUUGAAAAACUUCAGUUUACUCCUGACGGUAAAUAUUUGUAUGUGGGUGCUAAAAAUGACGUUGUGGCGUUUAAUCUAGAAACAGAUGAGACGUUUAUUGCUGUUCAUCAUCCUACGUCUGUCAGUUAUGUUAUUACUUUGGAUAUGAAAAGUGUAGUGACCGUUGGAGACGAUCGAAUCGUUAGAAUCUGGGAUCGCAGCAAGGAUAACGAUGUCACCAACCAGGAGACGCAGGAAAAUACGACAAAGAAAACGGCUAUAGGUUCACCUAUGUUCAUUGACAACCCUCGGUAUAUCAUCUCCAGAUAUAAACAUACAGGUUCCUACUAUUUACAGAUUUACGAUCUCGUCACAAAUAUGGUGGUGAAAAACACAAAGUUAGUGACAACUAUCAACUUUGUUUUACCUGUGGAUGAUAUAAGAUGUCUGCUGCAACAUGGUAAAAAGAUGUCCCUGUUUGAUCUACAAACAUCAUCUAUAAUACGAACAUACCAAGGUCACGAGUCGUCUAAAGCAUCUUCUGAUCCAAUUAUAAAUUCAACCAAAACAGACUUUUACACCCUAUCACGUGGAAGAAUGAAUAUAAAGAAAUAUAAUAUAGAAACUGGUGUUUGUGAGAUUAUCAAAGGCUGUGGUGAAAAGCUUGGAGAUUACAUAGUCAAUGAAAGUUGUACAGUUCUGGCUGCGUCCAUACAUGACGAUGAGUGGGUGGUUUUCUUUGAUCUUGUCAAUAAGCAAGUGAUGUAUCAGUUGACACCAGGGAUGAUAGGGGCAGAUGAAAAAGAUUCUAUAUAUUUAAACGAUGGUUUGGUUACCGAGGAUGGUCGUUAUUUGAUAUUUCAACAUACGCUAGUACCACCAGGUCUGGACAAUCCAGAUGAUUAUCAGUCUACUUAUAUGGUAAUGGUGUGGUGUAUACCAGACAAAAAGCUUCAUAAAACUCUAUACGAUGAGGAAUAUUUUAUUAAGUAUCACCAGAUGGAGAAGAAUAAAACUGAAGAUGAAGAAAUCCCUGAUGUGUCCGUUGAUGCGUUGUAUUUACUGGAUAAGAAAACUGUAAUAACUAGUAACGAUGAUAAUAUUCUACGUGUUUAUGAUAUUGACACGGGUGACCUGCUACAUCGACUUACUGGACAUUUCAGCCAUGUAGUAAUAGUAUUAAAUAAAGAUAGUCCAUUCUUCUUGACGUAUGCCGACUGGAGUGAAGAAAAUUGUAUCAGACUAUGGGACAAAGAAACCUUUGAAUGUCUAACAUCAUAUUGUAUAGAAACAAAGAUAAAGACGCCCAUGUUUACACCAGAUGGAUACACGGUAAUGGCUACAGAUAGUGAUCUCGACUAUAUAAAGUUUCAUUUAAAAGGUGGUGAAGAUGUCUCCAGAUAUCAACCACCAAAACAACCUGAUCAAUAUGAAGAACUGUUUAAACCUACUGACUAUAUCGUGGAGCUGACAAUACUCGAUACUGUACUCUUUGAUUCCCCGGACCCAGACAAUGAUGAAUCAGAUGUAACAACAGAUGAUGACGAUGGUGAUGAUAAAAAGAAUGAUGGUGCUGAAAAGCAGGAGGAUGAUUUAGAUUUAGGACUGGAUGACCUAGACCUUUCAAAAGAUCUUGGAGAUGAUUUAGAUUUUUUGGAUGAUUUGGACGAUAUGUCUGGUUGGUCUGAUGAUUCUACUGGAACUGAUAAAAACAAAAAAGGAAAAUAAUGAAGAUGCCAUAGAAAUAUAUAAACGGAGUUAGGAAAAGCUAACUGGGAUAACUGAUUUAAAAGGCUCCUUUCUCUCCCUUCAAAUAUGUGCUCUUAAAUAAUUACUACCGACUGUGAGGGAGAGAAUUAGAUACAAUCCCAUUAGUGACGACACAAGUACUUCGUUUACAUAAUAUAUGUUAUUUAAAUAAAAAGUAAUAUUAUUCUC